GGGGGUUUGAGUUCCUCUCCACCUGCUGGCCACACAAAUCUGGCCCUCACCCCACCAGAAUUGCUACAUGGACUUUGUCAUUUCCCAAAACCCAGCUGCUUUCUCUGGGUGGGGUUUGCCAAUAACUACUUUGUAGAGUGAAAGCCCAAAAAUUUCACAAGUUAUCAGAGCUGCAGCUGCUAUAGCAGAGCCGGAAACAGCCAGCAUGGAAGAGACAAAAGACCAGCCAAAAGGAGAACCAGAAAUGCAGCUGCAUGACCAGCUUUUCUACAUAUUCCUUGCCCUUGGGGCAUUUUUUACAGGUGUGGCUGAUGCAGUCUGUGACCCCAAAGCAGCUAUAAUUUUAGGGGGGAAUUUCACAUGGCUGGUGGAAGGGAUUCAGCUGAAAUACGAGUGUCCAGAUGGGAAAUAUCCAUAUCCUGCUGAAGUCCUGUCUUGUUACCGUGGGAGUUGGAUUAACAUGCAGGACUCACUAAAAAAGCCUGUCAGAAGGUCACAGUGUCGAGACAUACGAUGCCCCAGGCCUCUGGAGUUUGAAAAUGGCCUGUACGAACCCCGACAACCCUACUACAAUAUAAGCCAGGAACUGACGUUUGAAUGUUACCAAGGGUACACGCUGCGUGGGUCUCAGAACCGCACCUGCCUCCCCAAUGGGAAAUGGAGCGGACAGACAACGAUAUGCGAUGAUGGAGCUGGCCGCUGCCCCAACCCUGGUGUCCCUAUUGGUGCCCGAAAAGAUGGCACCAGGUACCGAAUAGAAGACCGAGUCCGUUACUAUUGUGACAACAAACUUGCUCUCAUGGGAUCCAAGUAUCGGGUUUGCCAAGAGUCAGGAGCCUGGACUGGAUCAGAACCAGAAUGUCGAAGUCCAUUCACCUAUGACACCCCAGAAGAAGUCUCUUCCAAAUUCAUCGGAUCCCUCACUGAAGUUGCAGAGUCCUCAGACCCCGAUAAAAUUGUUUCGGACACAGAAAAACGUAGGAUCAAAAUCAGUCCUGGCGGCUCUAUGAAUAUUUACAUUGUUCUUGAUGCGUCUCAAAGUGUGGGCAAGCAAAAGUUCAACGAGGCCAAAGAUGUGAUCAGCAAAUUGAUUGAGAAGGUCUCCAGCUAUGAUGUCACCCCGAAUUAUGGCAUCAUCACCUUUGCCACCAACCCCAAAGUGAUUGUGUCGACAACCGACCCGGACAGCAGUAAAGCCUUUUUCGUUAUCGAUGAACUGGAGAAGCUGCAGCAUGCUGAUCAUUUGCUUAAGCCUGGGACAAACCUCAAGGCUGGUCUGACGUCUGUCUAUGAAAUGAUGGUCAACCAACAAGAAGAUGAAAGGCAUCGGGGUUUGGAUCCCCUUCCUAUUAUCAGCACCACCCGCCAUGUUAUCAUCCUCUUAACUGAUGGCAAUUACAACAUGGGGGGUGAUCCAUCUCCUGUUAUUAGGCAAAUCCGGGAAUUCCUCCAUAUUGGACGCAACAGAGCUGAACAUCGUGAGGAUUACUUGGAUGUUUACGUGUUUGGUAUUGGAAACCUGGUUAACAUAGAGAAAGUAAAUGAGCUAGCAUCUAAAAAAAACGGCGAGCAACACAUCUUUAAACUGAAAGAAAUUGAAGACCUGCAGAAGGCCUUUGAUGAAAUGAUUGACGAGAGUGAGGCAUUCAGCAUGUGUGGCUUGGCUAAAGAGUAUGAAAGUGCAGACAACGAAGAAAAGAACCCCUGGCUCGUCAGUAUCUCCAUCUUGCGUUCUGGGCGUGGAACUGAGGCGUGCAAAGGAGCCCUCGUUUCUGAGAAAUACAUCUUGACAGCAGCCCAUUGCUUUACCAUCGAUGAUAGAGCUGACCAAAUAACAGUUAAGAUAGGCAAAAAAAAUAUGGAAGUAGCUUCUCUCAAAUCCCACCCCCAGUAUACUGUUGGGAAGCUACGAAAUCUUGGGAUCCCCGAAUUCUAUGAUUAUGAUGUUGCCCUAUUGGAACUCAAAGAAAAAAUCACAUUAAACUCUCAAGCAAGGGCAAUCUGCUUACCGUGUACAGCAGGAACCACCCGUGCUUUGAGGAGGCCUCAUCCACAGACCACCUGUAGGGAUCAUGAGGAAGAACUUAUGGCUGUUGGGAUUGUCAAAGCUCUCUUUGUGACUCCCUGUCGGGAUAAGUAUACAUCAACGCGGGGUUUGCGUCGCAGAACCGUGCGGAUCAAGAACAACGACAAGAAACAGUCAUGUGAAGCCGAUGCAAUAAAAGCCAAGCAGUACGAAAAUGUCACAGAUGUCUCGCAGGUGGUGACUGAACGUUUCCUGUGCACAGGAGGCACAGAGCCUGAGGUGGACCCCAACACUUGCAAAGGUGAUUCUGGAGGCCCCCUGAUCAUCGCUAAAAGGAUGCGUUACAUCCAGGUGGGCGUGAUCAGUUGGGGUGUGGUGGAGGUCUGUAAAAGCACGCCACCAAUGGAGUGCCAGUCUGACAAGGAAUUCCAAGAGCAUGCCCCCUCCCAUGCCAGGGACUUCCAUAUCAGCAUCUUCAAGGUCUUACCGUGGCUCAGAGAGGAGCUGCGUGAUGAAGGACUGGACUUCCUCAACUGAGAGGAAGGGGGUAAUAACCCUGCCCUGCACCUUUUCCUCCUCCCGUGCCUGCUGGCGGUGUUGUGUGUAAAUAAAACCGGUGACUUCAAAUCCUGUAAAGUGCAUCUAGUGUUAACCAUUGUGUAUUAAAAUGCCAUUAUGUGAAAAGAAAA